UCCGCCGCCACGCUAAACCCUAAACCGCCGCAGCCAUGUCGCCGCCGACGCAGCCGCAGCUGAAGGACAAGGCGGCGCACGGGGUGCCGCGCGCGACGGCGGCCAGCGCCGUGGCGUCCCUCACCAAGUGGAUGCGCGAGCGCGCGGCGGAGGCGCCGCCCAACCUGCUCGCCGACGAGCGCGACGACCUCGUCGUGCUCCAGCUCUCGCUCCGCCGCGUCCCGCCCAGGCCCACCACCAAGCCGCACCUCCUCCCGCUCCCGCACCCCGUCGUCGCCCACUCGGCCGCCUCCGUCUGCGUCAUCUCCGAUGACCGCGCCGGCUCCGGCUCCCCCGCCGCCGCCGCCAUCCUCGACGCCGCCAGGUCCCUCAAGCUGCCCGUCUCGGAGGUCGUCCCCUUCUCCGCCCUGCGCACCGACUACCGCCCCUACGAGUCGCGCCGCCGCUUCGCCGCCUCCUACGACCUCUUCCUCGCCGACCGCGCCCUGCUCCCCAUGCUGCCCCGCCUCCUCGGGAAGGCCUUCUACUCCACCAAGAAGGCCCCCAUCGCGGUCGACUUCACCCGUGCUGGCUGGCCGGAGCAGGUCCGCAAGGUCCUGAGCUCCACUUUCCUGUACCUGCGGACAGGGACCUGCUCGGGGGUCAAGGUGGGCAGGCUGGACAUGGAGGAGGAGGAGAUCGUUGACAAUGUGAUGGCGGCAGUGGAGGCCGCCGUGGAGAAGGUGCCCAAGAAGUGGGAAAACGUGAGGGCUAUGCAUUUGAAGGCCGUGGAUUCGGUUGCACUGCCAAUUUACCAGGUUGUGCCGGAGUUGGGCAUGAAGAUUGAGGUUCCGGUUGCGCGAUUGGAAGCAGGAGUUGGUGCCGGAGAGGUCAUCGAUGCUGCAGAAGUUGGGACUGGCAGCAAGCGCAAGGACAAGAAGAUGAAGGCGCUGAAAGAUGCCAAUGGUGGAGCUGAAGCUUUGAAGUACAAGAGGAAAACGAACAAGAAGGAUCAGACUGAAGAUGCUGUGAUGGAAGAAGCCCCAGAGGCGACUGGGAAGAGGAGGAAGAAGGAGGCUGCUCCUUUGGUAGAGGAGCUUUCUGCUGGUGAGGACCUGAAGACCCCAAAGAAGGGCAAGGAUAAGAAGCGUGCUUUGGACAAGGAGGUGGAUGAUGCCAGCCCUGCAGAAAAGAAGGGUAAGAAGAGUGAGCGUGAAACCAAGGAAGCCAGCAACAAGAAAAGUAAGGGCAAGAAAGAAGAUAUCAAGCAAGCACCCGAGGAGGUGGAGGAUGUUGGCAGCAAGAAGAAUAAGGGGAAGAAGAAGAAGAAGAGCAUGAAGGGUGAUUCUGAUGAUGGUGAAAUCCUCUUUGAUGGAGAAAGCACUCCCGCUGCCCUUAUAGCUGACAAGGAAGAGAAGAAGAGCAGGGGGAAGAAGUCAAGUGGCGAUAAGAUGAAGAGAUCCAGGGCAAGGGUCUAAGGUUGUACUCUUGUCAGUUGAAUGCCAAUCUCUUGAAUUGAGACCAAACUGCAUGUUGUAUGCAUAGAUAAGCUGGUUAAUCUGAUUACUGUCAGCUGUGAGAAGCAAUCAUUGCCGUAUCUGCUUUUUUUUUGUAUUAGGAGAUUGCACUUGAGAUUAUACUGCUGAGUGUAAUACGGUGGCGUUGGGGAAUUUCUGGAGUAGUUUCUUCAGAUUUUAGUCGCUUAUAAAGCUUUGGGGUAAAAGUUAUGGUGGAACUGUUUCUCUUUUCAUCUUUUGUAACCAGGAUUCAUGCUUUCAUAUCUAAUUACGGUGAUCAAUCACUUGUGACUU